AUGGCCAGGACACUGCUCUUCAUCCUCCUCUUCCUCCUGCUGGGACUGCAAGGAGAGCCGAGGGACCAGAGGAGGGUCAGCAUCGAUCAGCCUCGUAUGCUGUCAGAUGAUGGUCACCUGGUCUUCACUACUGGGAACAACAAAGACAUCCGGUUCCAGACCUCAGCGUCAGGCCGGGUCAAAGUGGGUGAUGAAGACCUGACCCAGCUCCUGAGUCAGAUCAAGACCAACAAAGAUGAGAUAGAUGACAUUAAGUCUCAUGGAGGUGGAGUUCCUCCUGAUGUCACCAACAAGCUGAAUCAGCUGGACACCAGGGUGUCAACACUGGAAAACAAAGUGACUACACUUGAACAGGUGGUCCACAGGAAGUCCUGCAGCAGUAACCCCUGUCAGAACGGAGGAACAUGUCUGAACCUGCUCGACUCUUAUCACUGUGUGUGUCCCAGCAACUGGGCUGGUCCAAACUGUGCCACAGAUCUGAAUGAGUGUCAGGUGUAUUCAGGAACAUCUCAGCAGUGUCAGAACGGAGCCACCUGUGUCAACACCCCCGGAUCCUUCACCUGUACCUGUCCUCCUGAGUGGUCCGGGCCCCUCUGCACUGUGAGGUAUGAUGACUGCAGGAACGCAGGGCAGGACCUGUGUGUGCACGGCACAUGUAUUGAUGCAGACCGGGUUACACCUGGACAGCCAAAGUACCAGUGUAUCUGUGAGAGCGGCUGGGAGGCUCCAGCCGGGAACGCAGCCUGUGUAGCUGAUGUUAACGAGUGUGACCUGCCCAACAAGCCCUGCUCCGCCAACCCUGUGGUUCCCUGCUACAACACCCAGGGCUCCUUCUACUGUGGAGCCUGUCCUGCUGGCUGGCAGGGGAAUGGGUACAGCUGUCAGGAUGUAGAUGAAUGUUCGACCAAUAAUGGUGGCUGCUCCACUGCUCCCAUGGUUCAAUGCCUGAACACCAUGGGCUCCUUCCACUGCGGCUCCUGCCCCCCAGGUUAUGAGGGGGAUGGGAGAACAUGCACCCAGAGCAACAUCUGCUCCGUCAACAACGGAGGCUGUCACCCAUUGGCUACCUGCUCCUCCAGCCCAGCCUCCAGCUUCCCCGUCUGUACCUGUCCUCCAGGCUACAUAGGGAACGGUUACGGAGCAACAGGCUGCACCCAGACCAGCAACAUCUGUCAGACCAACAACCCCUGUGUCAACGGACAGUGUGUGGCCACCACCUCAACCCCCGGAUACACCUGUACCUGUAACCCUGGCUGGGAGGGGGUCAACUGUGACCACAACAUCAACGAGUGUUCCAGUAACCCCUGUCAGAACGGGGGGACCUGCACCGACGGCACCAAUGGAUUCACAUGUACCUGCUCGGCCCAGUGGACCGGCCCACUCUGCCAGACCCCACAGCAAGAGUGUGGAGGUUACCUGUCUGGCCCUGCAGGCUCCUUCAGUUAUCCCAACACCCCAGGUCAUGAUGAAUAUGACCACCAGGUCAGCUGUGCCUGGGUGAUCCGCAUCGAGCCCAACAAGAUUCUGCGUAUCACCUUUCCCUUCUUCCAGCUGGAGAGCAGCACCAACUGUAACUUCGACUUCCUUCAGAUCCAUGAUGGCGACAGCGCCUCUGCUCACAUGAUCGGGAAGUACUGCGGCCAGAACAACCCUCAGGAGCUCUUCAGCUCCCACAAUGCACUGUACUUCUGGUUCCGCUCCGACCACUCUGUCAAUGCUGAUGGCUUCACGGUGGUCUGGCAGUCUCAGGACCCAGUGUGUGGAGACCAGCUUACUGCUCCCUAUGGCAACAUUAACUCACCUGGUUACCCUGGAAACUACCCACCGAGCCGGGACUGCUAUUGGACGGUGACAGUCGAGCCAGGCCUGCUCAUUACCUUCGCUUUUGGGACUCUGAGUCUGGAGCAUCACCCUGACUGCACCUUUGAUUUCCUGGAGAUCCGGGACGGUCUUCUUCCUGAAGACCCUGUUCUGGGGAAGUACUGCAGUACUGGAGCCCCUCCCCCCCAGAGGACCACUGGUCCAGCUGCUUGGAUCCACUUCCACUCUGACUCCAGUGUCUCUGACCGAGGCUUCCACAUCACAUACACAACAUCACCCAGUGACCCUGGUUGUGGUGGUACCUUCACUGACAGCGAGGGCAUCAUCAUCUCCCCCAACUGGCCCAAUGACUACGCCCACAACCGCCAGUGCAUCUACCUGAUAAGGUUACCGGCCGGUGAGAAGGUUUCCCUGAACUUCACGCACAUGAACCUGGAGAGUCACAGCAGCUGCACCUUCGACUAUGUGGAGGUCCGUGAUGGCAGUGUGGAGACUGACCCUCUGAUUGGCAAAUACUGUGGGACCACCCUCCCAGCCCCCAUCGUCUCAUCCUCCAACUUCCUGUGGAUCCGGUUCAGGUCUGACAGCUCAGUGAGCCGGGCUGGUUUCAGGGCCGUCUACACUGUGGGUUGUGGAGGUACUCUGUCUGGGACUGGGCAGCUGCGCUCUCCCUACCACCCCAACGCCUACCCCCACAACAAGGUCUGUGAGUGGGUCAUCAACCAGCCAGAGGGCUACGUGGUCACACUUGACUUCCUGUCCUUUGACGUUGAGGGGGGGUCCUGUCGAUUCGACUUUGUCGAGGUCAGGGACGGCUCCACGUCCAGCUCUCCACUGCUGGGGACAUUUUGUGGUGUUCAGACUCCCCCCAGUCUCCAGACCACUCAGAGAUCCAUGUACGUCCGCUUCAAGACCGACUCAUCCGUCAGUAACCACGGCUUCGAGGCGGCCUACAGCUCCGCCUUGGAGGGAUGUGGUGAAACCCUGACCAGUCCCUCAGGCACCUUCACCAGCCCUGGCCACCCUACCAACUACCCCCAUGGUGCCAGGUGCACCUGGUACAUCAAUGUUGCCCCCGGCAACCUGGUCCGGCUCACCUUUGAGUCUUUCAACCUGGAGUACCACACGAACUGUGACCUGGACUAUCUGGAGGUCUACGACAAUGGGACUGUUGAGACCGGAACCAAGAUUGGCAGGUACUGUGGGCGUUCGGUGCCUCCCUCCAUCACCAGCACUGACAGUCAGCUGACUCUGUUGUUUGUGACAGACUCCAGUUUGUCCACAGAGGGAUUCUCUGCCAGCUACAUUUCCAUCAACGCAACCACAGAUUGUAGUGAGACCUUCACUGCCCCCACAGGCUCCUUCUUUUCACCUAACUACCCCAACUACUACCCCACCAACAGAGACUGCAUCUUCAAGAUCAUUGUUCAGGUCAACAUGCAGAUCAUGCUGAACUUCACCAGCUUUGACCUGGAGGGUUCCCCUCCUUCAUGCAGCUUUGACUUUGUAGAGAUCAGGGAUGGUGGUUAUGAGACGUCUCCUUUGAUUGGUAAGUUCUGCUCCAGUCAGAGGCCUCCGGUCCUGGUUUCCCAUAGCAACCGCCUGUGGGUCAGAUUCCGCUCCGACGCCUCGGUCACACGUAGUGGGUUCAUCGCUCACUGGGACGGAUCACAAGCUGGCUGUGGGGGGUCUUUGACAACGGCCUCUGGGGGGUUCUCCUCCCCUAACUACCCCCUGCCCUACCACCCUAACUCUGAGUGCUACUGGACCCUCAAGACCAGCCAAGGCAGCCAGCUGAUCCUCUCCUUCUCUGACUUCCACCUGGAGUCCAGCUCCACCUGCUCAUAUGAUUACCUGGCUGUGCAUGAUGGGAACAGCAGCAGUGCUCCAGAGGUAGCCAGGUUGUGUGGCAGUCAGCUGCCCAGCAGCAUCAACUCCUCCAGUCACCAGCUGUUCAUCAAACUCCGCACUGACAGCAGCAUCAGCACCGGAGGCUUCGUGGCAUCAUACACCUCCAAGUGCCGUGACGUGCUGAUCUCAGGCAGACACAAGGGGGCGCUGGAGUCACUGAACUUUCCCAACAACUACCCAGACAACUCGUACUGCAGCUGGACCAUCCAGGCCACUGGAGGAAACACCAUCAACUACACCUUCACGUCCUUCCAGCUGGAGUCCACCUCCAGCAGCUGUCAGUACGACUAUGUGAAGCUCUAUAAUGGACCUAACACACAGGCUCCUCUGAUUGGUUCAUUCUGUGGGUACAGACCCCCUUCAGCCAACAGCAGCACUGGCUCCUCCCUCACUGUGGUGUUCAGAUCAGACAACUCCGUGUCUCUGUCCGGCUUCCGGAUGAUGUGGUACCAGAAUGGCUGUGGGGGGGAUCUCUCUGGUCCACAGGGCUCCUUCACCAGUCCAGACUACCCCAGCAGGUACCCCGAGAACAGGGAGUGUUUGUGGUACAUCACCACAUCAGCUGGCAGCAGCAUCACCCUCACCAUCCAUGAGUUUGAUGUGGAGUUCCACCCAGACUGUAACUAUGAUGUUCUGGAGGUGUAUGGAGGUCCGGACCUUUCAGCCCCUCAGCUGGUCAAGCUCUGCAGCACCACGUCCAGCCCCAUGCAGGUCUCCAGCACCGGGAACCUGCUCACAGUCCGCUUCAAGUCCGACGCCUACGUCAGCGGCCGAGGCUUCAACGCCAGCUGGACUGAAGUCCAGGGAGGCUGCGGGGGUCCAGUCACUGCUCCAUCAGGGGAGAUCCACUCUCCUUCUUAUCCCAGCAGCUAUCCCAACAAUGUGGACUGUUCCUGGGUCCUCAGUGUGGACUCCCACCAUCGAGUCUCCUUCAACUUCUCUGACCUGGACAUCGAGCACCACAGUAACUGUGCCUGGGACUACGUGGCUAUCCACGACGGUCCAACCGCGUCAUCUCCUCUGCUGGCCCGAGUGUGUGGCUCCAGUCUGCCUCCCUCCAUCACCUCCACCCAGAACUCCAUGUUUGUUCGCUUCAGGUCCGACUCCAGCCGCAGCCACCGAGGAUUCAGUGCUCACUUCUCUGAGGCCUGUGGUACAACCAUCAUCACAGACGAUGUGGGAGGGGCCAUCGCAUCGCCACGGUACCCAUCCCCGUACCCACCCAAUCAGAACUGCAGCUGGAUCAUCAGAGCACAGGAACCAUUCAACCAUGUGACCCUGUCCUUCACUGACUUUGAGCUGGAGAUGAUCAACACCAACUGCUCCCAUGAUGCAGUGGAGGUCCUGGAUGGAGAUAACUACCAGGCUCCUUCUAUAGGUCGUUACUGUGGCGUGGAGGUCCCUCACCCCAUCACGUCCUUCAGUAACUCAUUGGUGGUGAACUUCGUCUCUGAUUCCUCCGUCUCCAGGAAAGGCUUCAGAGCCUCGUUCUCAGCCUCCACCUCCAGCUGUGGAGGAGACCUGGUGAUGGAGAGUGGAGCGUUCAACAGUCCCAACUUUCCAGACGCUUAUCCACCGAAUGUGGAGUGUGUGUGGACCAUUAGGAGUUCUCCAGGAAACCGUCUCCAGCUCUCCUUCAUGGUCUUUCACCUGCAGGGAGACUCGGGCUGUCACAACGACUUCGUGGAGAUCAGGGAGGGAAAUUCCACGGGGCCUCUGGUUGGUCGGUUCUGUGGAUACUCUCUUCCCUCCAACUACACCUCCGUGAUCGGUCACAUCCUGUGGGUGAAGUUCGUGUCCGAUGCUUCAGUCAGCGGAGUGGGAUUCAGAGCCACCUUCUCUCACCUGUAUGGUAAUGAUGUGACGGGGGAGUCGGGUCAGAUUGCCUCCCCUCUGUAUCCCAGAACCUACCCCAACAACGCCCACUACCGCUGGACCAUCAGUGUGGACGGAGACAGCUACGUCCAGAUCCGCUUCCUGGACAUGGACAUCGAGGACCUGUACGACUGCUACUACGACCAGCUCAGAGUAUUUGAUGGCUCCAGUGUUCACUCCUACCCCAUCGGGACCUUCUGUGGUCUGGACCUGCCGCCUCCCCUGAGGAGUACCAGCAACACCGUCACCCUGCAGUUCCAGUCUGACACAGUGCAGGGAGGACGGGGCUUCCUGGUGGAGUGGACUGCGGCCCAGGACUCUGGACCCCCACCCACCAUUACACCAGGUGCGUGUGGUGGAAUCCUGAUGACCGGGGACUCUCCGGCCUUCCUCUUCUCCCCCGGCUGGCCUGAGAACUACCUUCCUAACCAGGAGUGCACCUGGCUGAUCCGGUCUCCAGGCUCCACUGUGGAGUUCAACAUCCUGUCUCUGGACAUGGAGGACUACCCCACCUGCUACUUUGACAGCCUGGUCAUCAGAGACGGUGCGACCAGUAUCUCCCCCGUGCUGGCCAAUGUGUGUGGUCGUGAACUUCCAGGUUCCCUCCAUUCCACAGGAGAUUCCAUGUUCAUCCACUUCUCCUCAGAUGGCAGCGUCAGCGGCCGAGGCUUCAACGCCUCCUACUCCAGAGGUUGUGGAGGUCUGCUGCAUGUAGACAGGGGGGUGCUCAGCAGCCCCCGCUACCCUCAGACCUACCUGCCUGGUCUGGACUGCAGCUGGCACGUGAUGGUGACCCCUGGCUUCAGGGUCUCUGUCACUUUCCAGACUCCAUUCCAGAUUCAGGGCUAUGGGACCGGCUGCAGCUCAGGAGACUACCUGGAGCUGAGGAACGGUCCGGACGCCUCAGCUCCACUCCUGGGGGGUCGUCUGUGUGGAACUAGUCCCCCCUCCCUGGUGCAGACCACUGACAACCACCUGUUUGUUCACUUUGUGUCUGAUGCCAGCAACGAGGCCAGCGGCUUCCAGCUGACCUUCGAGGCCCACAGUCAAGCGUGUGGGGGCUUCAUCGAGCUGAAUCAUGGGGACCCUCCAGGUUACAUCACCUCACCCAACUACCCUCAGAACUACCCCCAGAACAUCGACUGUAUCUGGGUCGUCACGGUGCCCAACGGAGAGGCGGUCCAGAUCGACUUUGAGGAUGAGUUCUACAUCGAGCCCACCACCAGUUGUCUGUACGACUACCUGGAGUUGCGUGACGGAGCAACAUCUAACGCCGAUUUGAUUUCCCGCCUCUGUGGCAACACACGACCAUCUACCCAGCAUUCAACAGGGUCCUCCAUGCUGCUCAGGUUCCGCACUGACACCAGCGUCACACACAAAGGCUUCAAGGCAAAGUACUCCAAGGCGACAUGUGGAGGAACCUACAUCGGUCAGAGUGGAACCAUCAAGAGCCCUGGCUUCCCAGGAUCCAACUACCCUGACAGCUCCAACUGUGAGUGGUUCCUGGAGGGCCCCACAGGACACUACCUGACCCUCAGCUAUGAGAGCUUCAGUCUGCAGACCAGCUCAGGAUGCUCUGCUGACUACGUGGAGAUCAGAGAGUACAACGCCUCAGGGCGUCUCCUGGGCCGACACUGUGGCUCUAACCUUCCCACCUCUUUGGACACGUCUGACAGUUUUGCCUUCGUCAGGUUCGUCAGUGACUCCAGUGGGAACGCAGCAGGUUUCAGUCUGAGGUUUGAGGCCAGUGUUGAAGCCUGUGGAGGAGAGCUCAACGCCCCCUCAGGAACCAUCUCCUCUCCUAACUACCCCAACCUGUACCCUCACAGCCGGGUGUGUCGCUGGACUCUGGUGGUGCCGCCAGGCCGCCGGGUCACUCUCACCAUCAACGACCUGCGGCUGGAGGGUUCUGGUACUUCCUGUUCAUUUGACUACGUUGAUGUUCUGAACGGACUGGCGGUCAACGCCCCCCGCCUGCAGCGCUUCUGUGGUACAGUACCAGCAGGAACCCAGGUGCGCUCCUCUGGUAACACCAUGAUGGUGGUCUUCAACACGGACUCCUCUGUGUCCAACGGAGGCUUCACGGCAUCUUACUCCUCUGAGGAGGCUGCAGUGUGUGGUGGAGUCCUCAACAACCCCGUGGGCGGGAACUUCACGUCUCCUGGAUACCUGGUGUCCAACUACAGCAACAACCUGAACUGUGAGUGGCUGAUCCAGAACCCCCGACACGUCAACUCCUCCAUCGUGGUUCUGGUAGAAGACCUGCACCUGGAGCACCACCAGACCUGCCAGUCAGACCACCUCCAGUUCCGCUUAGGUAACUCUGAGGGGCAGCUGUUGGCCACGUUUUGUGGGCAGACCACCCCCAGAGUUCCCAUUGUAGUCUUCACCCCCGAGCUCUGGGUCCAGUUCCUGACUGACAGCUCCCAGGGAGACCUGGGCUUCAAGGCCAAGUACCUGUUCUCAGAGUGUGGGGGCUUGCAGACAGGUGAAGGAGGGGGGCUAUCCAGUCCUAACUACCCCAACUCCUACCCCAGCCCCAGUCGCUGUGCCUGGCUGCUGGAGGCCCCUGAGGGCCACACCAUCACACUGACCUUCAGCUACUUUAACCUGGAGCCACACUCCACCUGUGGCUGGGACUCUGUCACCAUCUUCAAUGGAGCCUCCCCUGGCUCUCCUAUCAUUGGUCAGUACUGUGGGACCACGUCCCCAGGAACCAUCCAAUCAGGCUCCAACAAGCUGGCUGUGGUCUUCCUGGCCGACCACAGCGUGUCCAGAGGAGGAUUUGUAGCGACGUGGUCUGCUGACUCCUCAGGCUGUGGGGGGGUGAUCCAUGCUGACUCAGGAACCAUCAAGUCUCCCAACUACCCCCAGAACUUCCCAGCCAACGUGGAGUGUUCGUGGCAGGUCAUCGCCCAUGAGGGGAACCACCUGGAGCUGAGCUUCAGCAGCGACUUCCAGAUCCCAGACAGCAGUGGAACCUGCCAAAGCAGCUUCAUCAAGGUGUGGUCAGGUCAGACCCAGAAUGCUGAGGCUCUGCUGUCAACAGGCUGUGGCUCCGUGGCCCCGGGGCCCGUCAUUGCUCCAUAUAACAUCAUCACGAGCCGGUUCCAGGCCACCGGAGCGACCGGCAGAGGAUUCUCCGCCUCCUUCAGAACCAGCUGUGGAGCGAACUUCACAGCUCCCAGUGGGCGUGUGGUUUCUCCUAAUUAUCCUUCGGACUACCCCGACUCCUCCAACUGUAACUACACCAUCGACGCUGGAGCGCAGACCGUGGUGGUCGUCACCUUCCAGGUGUUCCAGGUGGAAGCUCACUCCACCUGUCAGUAUGAUGGGCUGAAGAUCUACAGCCUGACCUCCAGUGGCUCUCCCAUGGCCACCGUGUGUGGCAGCAGCAUCCCAGGACCCUUCUCCACCUUCGGCCCCAUGUUACUCCACUUCUACUCAGACUCUGUGCUGACUUACAGCGGCUUCAUGGCCGAGUACAGAGCCAUCCCUUGUGGUGGUUUCUUCAACAGCUCUAUGGGCUCAGUGAGCAGUCCAGCUCUGUCCAUGACCAACUACCAUCACAACAUCAACUGCACCUAUCACAUCAUGGUGAAGACAGACAGAGUGCUGGCGCUCAAGUUCAACACCUUCCACCUGGAGGCGUCCUCCUCCUGUCGCUAUGACUACGUGGCGGUUUAUGAUGGACAGGACACGUCUGCGCCUCUGCUGGGGAGGUUCUGCGGUGCAGCGCUCCCCCCCGACCUGCUGUCCUCCACCAACCAGCUGUUCAUCGUGUUCAGGACAGACGCUUCAGUGAGCGGCGUCGGCUGGAGAGCGACCUACAGCGAGACGCUCGGUCCAGCUCAGGGAUGUGGUGGCUACCUGUCCAUGCCCAUGGGCAUGUUGGGUUCUCCAGACCCAGACCUGGACGGUCGUUACGAGCCCAGGAUGGACUGUUUGUGGACCAUCGAGACGCCAGUCAACAAGGCCAUCAACCUGACCUUUGACUCCUUCGAGCUGGAGAGCUCCUCGACCUGUCGCUAUGACUACGUCAAGGUGUACGAUGGGGACAACGUGAACUUCCCUCUGGUCGGGACGUUCUGUGGAAACUCCAUUCCUGCUUAUUUUGUGUCCAGUGGAAACUUCCUGACUCUUCACUUUGUCACUGAUAACUCAGUUCAGAGACGAGGCUUCAAUGCCACAUACAGAGCUGUUCCAGUGCUGUGUGGGGGGACCUUGAAUGCCACGACCAACGCCCAGACUCUGACCUCACCCUCCUUCCCCAACGCCUACCCUCCUCAAACCACCUGCCGCUGGAUGCUGGAUGCUCCGCCCCAGGAAACCAUCAAGGUGUCAGUCCAGACCUUCGUGCUACAGCCGAGCCAGAGCUGCUCCACAAACUACCUGGACAUGAAGGACUGGCCUGAGGGAGACUAUGGACAGUCACACAAGUUCUGUCCAUCAGACGCUCAUCCACCAGACUUCUACAGCUACGGCAGAACUGUGCUCAUGUACUUCAGGUCUGACUCCUUCAUGGCAGGAAACGGCCUGAGCUUCACCUAUCAGAUCGCCAGCUGCAGCCGGACUUAUGAGCAGGAGUAUGGGUACCUGAAGAGUCCAGGCUGGCCUGAAGUCUACCCCUACAACCUGGACUGUACCAUGGUCCUGAAGGCUCCGCAGAACAACUCCAUCUCCUUCUUCUUCAACAGCUUCGAUGUGGAGAGACACACCCAGUGUCAGUUUGACUAUCUGGAGGUGCGUAACGGCAGCACAGCAGCCUCCCCUCUGUUAGUCCGGCUCUGUGGCAGCACCCUGCCCAACCCUAUAUUCCCACAAUCCAACCUGCUCUACCUGCGCUUCAAGACAGACAGCUCCCUGGUCCGAGACGGCUUCGAGGCCACAUGGACGUCCUCCCCUCACGGCUGUGGUGGGACCCUGUUCGGAGACCACGGCUCAUUCUCCAGUCCCAAUUACCCCGGCACCUACCCCAACAACACCCGCUGCGAGUGGAGCAUCGUGGCGCCCAGAGGUCGUGUGGUGACCGUCACCUUUGCUCAGAUCAGUAUUGACGACCCUGGAGACUGUCAGAACAACUUCCUGAGGUUGUACGAUGGUCCAGACGCUUCCUCUCCACCUGUGGGGCCUUACUGUGGAGCGGAAACCAACAUCGCUCCGUUCACAGCUUCCUCACAUCAUGUCUUCAUCGUGUUCCAGGCUCAGUUCGCCGCCCUGCCCUCAGGCUUCAGACUCACCUGGAGCAGCUGAACACACACACACCGUUACUAAUGAACUAAUCAUGGUGUUUUUAACCCACUGUAAAUAAUAAAUAUCUGAAGUGUUGUAAUAAAUUCAUGAUUUAAGAAAAACAA